AUGACUUACACCAGAAGUAUGUACGAUAUGCCUCCCCCCAAGCUGGGCGAACGCAACGAGUAUUGGCAGCUUCCUAGAGACUGCAAGCCUGCUGGCGCUCUUGCUGCUGCCUGUAUUAUCAACAAGACCUUUCCUGAUGUCUAUGGCUUCCUCGAGGAGAAGUUCUGGGAGAUUGUGCGCUGGCAGGAGCUGGAAAUGAAGAGAAACCCUGUCAAGAAGACUCCCCCGUGGGCUCGCUUCAUCUUGCGUACCUUUGGCUUGAGCUUUCUGUACGAGGAUGAGGAUUUGACCGCUAAGGAACGCGCUCAUCUCAUCUUCCCCAUGUUUGAGGAGAUCAGCGAUGAGGAGUGGCUGCGUCGUGCUGCUCCCCUCCACUACCCUUACCACACUCCUGAGUCUCAGAAGAGAUAUGACGAAGAAAUGGCCUUCCGCCGCGAGAGAAGAGUCAGGGAGUGGUACGAAAGGGUUGCUGCAUACAAGAAGGGAUUGAGAGCCGACAGAGCCGAGAAGAGAGCCAAGAUGAGAGCUCAGGACCCCGAAGACUUCUCUGACCAUGACAGCUUUGUCAGCGAGGCCUCCUUCCACAGCGACUCUGAGUUUGGCGACGACGUUACUGCCGAAGAGAUUCUUGACAAGCUCUGCGCCACUCUUCGUGGCAUGUACAAGCGUGGUGUCAAGCCAUCUGACCCUGACUUCAAGGAGGCGCUCAGCAAGGCCCAAGACGUCAAGAGAGUAAUUGAGCGCAACAACGAGCCUGACGCUGUCAUUCCCGAGAUGCCUGAGCCCAAGUGGAACAUCAAGCUCGAUGAAAACAUGAACCUGACUCUUCUCGACUUCGACAACGACCCUUUCUUGUCUCCUGCGGACGAGGUUCUUCUCGACGAUGUCCAGGGCUGCUUCAACACCAGAGACAUGCGUAUUAUGGAGGAAAUCUUUGCCAGAUGGGCUAAGCUCGCCGAUUAUCGUGGCAAGGAUAAGGAUCAAAUCCACAAGAACAAGAAGGAGCACAACCGCCUCUUGAUCUUGUUCAACAGACUUUCGGAGAGAGUCAACGCCAGCAAGGAUGAUGGCCAGGCCAACGGAGACGAAGAUGCCAAUGACGAUGACAGCAAGUCUGGUGGUGACGAAGACGACAGUUUCGACCCCGAGUCCCAGCCUGAUUGGAUGCGUAUCGUUUCCAAGAAGACUCGCCUCAUUGUUGAGGCCUCCGACAUGGACGUGAACCCCAAGCAUGUCGUCAUUUCCUCAAUGACAGAGGAGGAAGAGCUGGAGUACUUCGCCAGACUCCACCAGCUUGAUCGAAUCGAGUGCGCCCAGUUCAGAAUCGAAGAUGAGCGCAAGGCCAGAAUGGCUCAGGAGAUCAAGGACAAGGGCAACGACAUCCAGUGGCUGCAUACCCGUGACAGAGAGGACUUUCCCACCUCACCUCGCAUCUCGGCUUCCAGUCAGACAGACUCUCCUCCUGCCCCUAUCGAGGAAGCCUAUUGCCAGCAUCGCUCGAUGGGACAGAAGCUCACUCUUAGCCUCUUCGAUGGCUCGACUUUGAAGUGCUUCUCUGCUGGUCCCCACCACACCCGCGAGGAGGAGUUUGCCUCGUCGUCUUCUGCUUCUUCCACCAACAAGAAAUCGCUCAUUGAUCGUGGUGCCAAGAAGAUCGCUCGUGGCAUUAGGAAGUUCAAGAAGCUGCGCCGCAAGGUGCUCUACGAUGAUGAGUCCAGUGGCUAUUCCGAUGACAGCGAUGACACUGUUACUUGUCCUUGA